AUGCUGACCCUGGUGGCCGGGGGGGUGGUGUUCCCUGGACUCUUCCUUCUCUCCAAGAACACGCUGCAGCGGCUGCCCCAGCUGCGCUGGGAGGAGGCCGACGCGGUCAUUGUCUCCGCCAGGCUGGUGUCCUCUGUCCAGGCUGUCAUGGCCUCCACCGCCGGCUACAUCGUGUCCACCUCCUGCAAGCACAUCAUUGACGACCAACACUGGCUCUCCUCCGCCUACACACAGUUCGCAGUGCCCUACUUCAUCUAUGACAUCUACGCCAUGUUCCUCUGCCACUGGCACAAGCACCAGGUCAAGGGGCACGGAGGGGACGAGGGCGAGGCCCGCGGCCCGGGCAGCACGUGGGCCGUGGCGCGCGGCUACCUGCACAAGGAGUUCCUCAUGGUGCUGCACCACGCCGUCAUGGUGCUGGUGUGCUUCCCGCUCUCCGUGGUGUGGCGUCAGGGCAAGGGGGACUACUUUCUGGGCUGCCUGCUGAUGGCCGAGGUCAGCACGCCCUUCGUCUGCCUCGGCAAGAUCCUCAUCCAGUACAAGCAGCAGCACACGCUGCUGCACAAGGUGAACGGCGCCCUGAUGCUGCUCAGCUUCCUGUGCUGCCGGGUGCUGCUCUUCCCCUACCUGUACUGGGCCUACGGGCGCCACGCCGGCCUGCCGCUGCUCGCCGUGCCCCGCGCGCUCCCCGCGCACGUCAACCUGGGCGCCGCGCUGCUGCUCGCGCCGCAGCUCUACUGGUUCUUCCUCAUCUGCCGCGGCGCCUUCCGCCUCUUCCGGCCCCGCCGCUCCCCGGCGCCCUCGCCCCCGCCGGCCCGGGACUGA